GGCCGCGCCGUUGCUGUGGCAGCACUGGAAUGGCGGCGGCGCCUGCGGGGCCAUGGUGCACAUCACUGAAGAUCUUGUUAGAAGACGUGCAGAACAUAACAACUGUGAAAUUUUUUCACUGGAAGAAAUCUCUUUACAUCAGCAGGAAAUAGAAAAGCUAGAGCAUCUUGACAAAUGGUGUCGAGAUUUAAAAAUUCUCUAUCUUCAGAAUAACCUAAUUCCAAAAAUUGAAAAUGUGGGCAAACUAAAGAAGCUGGAAUAUUUAAAUGUGGCUUUGAACAACAUUGAAAGAGUUGAAAAUCUGGAAGGCUGUGAAGACUUGAAGAAACUUGACCUGACCGCAAAUUUCAUUGGUGAACUCUCCAGUAUUGAAUCCCUAAAAUGCAAUAUUCAUCUGAAGGAGUUGUUUCUAAUGGGUAACCCAUGUACUGAAUUUGAAGGUUAUAGACAGUUUGUAGUGGCAACUCUUCAUCAAUUAAAAUAUUUGGAUAGUAAAGAAAUAGAACGUUCGGAGAGGAUUAAAGCACUUCAAAACUAUCCGGAGGUGAAAAGGAAAAUCAGAGAACAGGAACAAACUUACCUUCUCAGGAGGGCCAGAGAAAAGGAAGAGGCUCAAAGAAGGAUGCAAGAAAGAAAGGAUGAGAAACAGAAACAAAUGGACUCUAAGCUUGGAUUUGACAGCCCAGACUCCUUACAGGGAAAACCCAAUCAUGCAGAAGGUGAUGGACAGCAGGAAGGAUGCAGAGCAGUUGAAAAUGAUGAUGAAGACAGAAAAUUUUGGGAGGAGCCUACACCAUACACUCCAGAAUCUAGAUUAGAAACUCACAGAUACAUUGAAGAAAAACGAAGAGCUAAAGACAAUAUAAGGGAAUCAAAAAAGAGGGAGAAGACUUCUUGGACACUGGUCACUGCAGAAGGAAAAGUUCUGAAUGUGAAUGUGCCUAAGCUUCAUUUCUCUUUGAAAGAUGAUGAAGAAAACAACCAGAUCAUCUUGGAUCUCGCUGUUUACAGAUAUUUGGACACUUCUUUACUUGAUGUUGAUGUGCAGCCAACUUACAUACGAGUACUGGUGAAGGGAAAGCCAUUUCAGCUUGUGCUCCCUGAGGAAGUGAAGCCAGACAGCAGCUCUGCUAAAAGAUCACAAACAACUGGUCAUUUAGUUGUCACCAUGCCAAAGGCUAAAGAAGUAAUCCUGGCUAAGCAAAAAGUUUCAGCUUCAAUUAAACAUUCUGACUGCAAUACACAGCAAAAAAACACGAGAAGGAGUGGACAAAUUGAGAAGUUAGAAGUGGAUCCUAGUAAAUAUUCAUUCCCUGAUGUGACAAAGAUAAUCCAAGAACAGGAACGAACUGGACAGGGACCGAUAAAGUUCCAACCACAGAAGGUUACAGAGCCUAAGAGCUGUGUUGAUUUGGAAAAUAAUGAAGAUGUUCCUCCCUUAAUUUGAAACAUUCUGAAAUAUUCCCUCUGGACAAUCAACCUUUCCAGCCUUCAGCCAUAAUGGAUGAAUCUAUCAAGAAUGUCAGAUAAUUGUGGAAAACAGAAAAGCUACAUACCUGGUCAGGUAUAGUUAUUUUAUUUGUUCUUAAAGAGAGAGCUAUAAAAAUCAAUCUCUAAUGUCAAACCAAAGCAUAACACGUUUGUGUAUCUUUCCUCAUUCCAUCUCAAUUCCCUUUUUCAUCUGGUUUCAUUGUGAAUAGAUUUUACUCUGUUUUUGGGGGAAAAAAUUAAAAAAUAUAUUGAGCUAAAAUACACCUCAUAGGAAAAUUAAUAGCAGGUAGCAAAACAUGCUUGGAACUAUUGAAAAAAGAAUUGUUUCAUGUGGUAACAUAAUCUUGGGAUCCAGCCUGAAAAUGGAGUAUAUUCUGAGAAUCAGUUUCAAUAAACCUCUCACUUGUGUAUGGGCCAUGGAGAACACAAGCACAGGUUGAUCACAGAGAUGAAGUGCACGAGCACAAGAUGACAACACAAGAGCAUAAACACACCUUACAAAAUUACUGAUUACUGUAAUGCAAUUCUGAGAAAAGAAGACAGAAGAGAACAAAGGAUGUACAGCCAACAUAGAUAAAAUAUCCCCUGUACAGUAAAAUAUAAAAGAUAACAAAAGGAAAGAAAGAUCAUCUGGUGGGGGCUCCCCACCAGAGAAAGGAAGACUGAGGAAGGAAACUCCAGCACUGUCUCCCCAGUUAAGGACGUGGCAGCUGAUCAAAGCCAUUGCACAUCUGGAACAUGAUUCUCCUACUUAGAGGAGACAAAAAAGUGCUGCUUUAUGAUUUGCCACAUGCCUCAUUCUGCCACUGCAGACUCAGCAGUUGUACAUACAGCAUUAUCUCUUACUGUGUAAUUGGGAUAAGGAGAUUAAAAUUUCAGAAAGCA